CUGUUGUACAGUCUGAUGGCGAGGGGGACGUAAGAGUUUUUGAGUCCGUUGGUGGAGCUGGACUGGGACAGCAGCAACUUGGACGAGAUCUUGCGACGGCAGCAGGAGGCGGUGACAAAAAGCUGCAGUCAAGCUGGACGAUUUCCAGCAGCCUGAAAAGAAUAUACAGGAAGUCACAGCACUAUUUUGAUCCACCUUUAGGCUACUUGUAGUUUUUAAACCAUGUUUGGAUAUAUAAAUAAACUUUAUUGUUAUUUCAGUCAGACAAUUUAUGUUUGUUAACAGAUUAAACCUUCAUUGCACAACAUGAAACUAAUAUCAUCAUGCCCCGGGUCUUGCAGUUGGUGGAGAGCAACCGUGGCGCCUCGAUCUCGUGAGGUUAUCGCUGGGCAGGCCCGGCUCAUCUCAAAUGAGCCUAAUGUCACACACACACACACACAACGUCAGCGCUAUCAUCGCGUCUCUCUUCAACGCUCCUCUGCUGAGUAAAAACAAUGCUUCUUUAUGUUGUUUCACAUUUUUAUCCAGGUGUCAAUGCUGUACAGCUCCACAGUGGUGUGUGAUCUGCUUCAGUCUUGUUACACUGGCGUCCUGCAGUUUAACCCAGAGGAGAUUGUCAACUACCUGACCGCUGCCAGCUACCUACAGAUGGAGCACAUUGUGGAGCGCUGCCGAGGAGCACUGAAGAAAUAUAUGCAGCUAAAGAACCCCAAUCAACUAAAGACGACUUCAGAGGAGAGCCAGUCUCGACCGGUGAUUGUCAACGGAAGCGUUAAUUCUGUUGCAUCUGCAUCGCCUCCUGCUGGCCAACCGUCACCUGUGCACCCACACUGUCCUACGGUACGCUCAAUGGAGGAGAACAGCGGCGACACGUCUGCUCAGGGCAGCAGUCAGCACCACGACGACAGUCCCAUGCUGGAUGAGCCGUGUAUUAAGGUCAAUGCAUCAGAUGAGGAAGAGGCCAGACAGGAGGACUACGGUGUGUUCAGGGUAUACAUCUCUGAAGAAGAGCAGGUGAGCAGAGACAGGGAGAAGAGAGGAGCUCCCUCUGAUGGACAAGAUGCGUGUUUCCCAGAGACAGAAGGCAUUGUGAUUGGAGGAGAAGGCAGCGAAUAUGACUUACAUCCAACAGAAGAAGAUCUCAGUACUGGGGGUCCUUCAGUGGAGGGGCUGCACGCUUUCAGACGCAGGCUGCCUGACCCUAAAGUUAACCGGGGCAGAGGAAGAGGCAGGGGGCGGGGUUUUAAGAGGAGAAGGUGGGGGUCAUCACAGGAGAGAAGACCUCCAGGCAUGGAUCACCAUCAGGAUUUGUGGUAUCUGACAACGUCAGGGAUGGGAGGGAGUUUCGGGCUGGACUACAGCCAAGACGGGCUUAAGGCGGGCGGUUACGUCUCAGUUGAACUCCCGCAGUUAGACUUCAGCAUGGGUGACACUCAGGGAGAAAAGGUCUCACCCAUGGCUGCCAACAGUUUGACUCAGUACACCCUGGAGGAGUCUGGCUGUGACGCCGGUGAAGGGGGUUCUGGGUUGACAACCGUCGGAACAAACGAGGGCGGGGACGAGUCUGUUGCAGUGGUGGGAUCCACCUCAAGCGUAGCUGGGCCUGUGAUCUGCGAGCACUGCGGCAUGACGUUCCCCUCGGCCCACUCCCUGGCCAUCCACACCCACUCCACACACCUGCUGUACGCCUGCCCCUGCUGCGGCAAACACUUCCACCACUCCGCCAACCUCACCCGACACAUGGCCGUGCACCGAGGCGCCGGCAAAUCCCACCAGUGCCCCCUGUGCUACAAGACUUUCACCCAAAAAUCCACACUGAUAGACCACAUGAACCUACACAGCGGCGAGCGGCCGCACCGCUGCGCAUACUGCCACGCCCGCUUCGCCCACAAGCCGGCCUUGCGACGCCACCUGAAGGAGCAACACGGUAAAACCACGGGGCAGAACUCCCUACAGGAGCAGGAGGAGAGGGAGAGGGCGAGAGGAGCUGCUGAAGGAAUCAGAGAGGAAGAGCAAGAAUGUCUGGUUACUGAACAAGUGUCAUAGGCCAGAGCACUAGAGACAGUGAAGUGCUUUCAGCUUACUGCUGUCCAGUGGGGCCAUCAGUCUGUGGGGGUCACAAUCCCCACAAUCCUACUAUUAAGCAAGUGCUAGAAACUGACUAUGAGGCCUUUUUAAAAUCUGACUGUGAACAUAAUUAAAUAUAUGUCAAAACAUGCACAUUAAGUGAUGGAUGUGUAUAAAAUGACUGCACACUCUCCUACACUAUAAAAAAAAAAAAGGGCCAUUUUUUUCCACAGCAGACAUUUUAGCUUGUCAUAGCAGGAAAAGCACAGGUGUCGCUAAUAGCAUUAAAAAUGGCUCCGCUCCAUUCAAAUAUCCCAGUGAGUCAUAAUAGUGAGCCAGCAUGAGCAAUACGACGCCAAGACCCUGAAAACUGAAGCAGCUAAAUAGAAUUCAACCAUUAUUCAUUGUAUUAUUUAUACCUGUGCUUUUUCAACUGUGACAUGUCAGAGUGUCCUCGGUGACAAAUGCCUGUUGAUUUUCACGUCUCUUAGAAUAGUUUGAUUCAGAACUGUAAUCUUAAACUUGAAUAUAUGUAAUACAUGUUCAAUACAAUGACUGACCACUGCUCCAAAAGAGAUCCUGUGUAAAUAAAAUGAUUGGAAAGUCUCUUCUCUGUUACCUGUAGUCAGUUAUGUAAUAUUAGUCGCCCAACUUAUGAUUGAUUGAGUUCGUUUUGUUUCAGGGUUAGGGUUAAUUACCUAUUACAGGAGUAUAUGUAGUACAUGGAUUUCACUCUGUAGUAAAUAGUUUAGUGAAAUUCAACCUGACUUAAGGUCUAAUCUGCCUGAGUGAUUGAAAACACCUGUGAAUGUGUGCAGGACUUUUAAAUACGCAAAUCAACCUUUUUAUAAAACUGGAAAACAUUAAAAGAUCACAAGGACUUGUUCCUCUCUUGUAAAAGUUACCUGACUGACUUUUGUGUGAUCGACUGCAGCAGACUGCAGCAAACUGCAGGCU